GCCAGUAGGCUGGCAGUGCUGUGCGGACUCGUCCUCCGCGACCGGCAGUCAGUGCGCUUGCGCGCCGUCCAAGCGCCGCGGUUCUUGACUGUGCUGUGCCGGCGGUGGUUUUAGCCAUGCAGGGAGCGGACUCGCAACAGCCCUUCAAGCGACCCCGAUGCGAUGGCAGCCCAAGAACGCCGCCAAACAUCCGUUCUGCGGCGGCGGAGACGUCCCCGAGCCCCGAACUCCGCCCAAAUCACCAGACCUGGGGCCCGGAGCAGGUGUGCUGCUUCCUAAAGCGCAGUGGCUUCAGUGAUCCCCGACUGCUGGACCGUUUCCGAGAAAAUGAAAUUACAGGUUUAACACUACUCCAUCUUAAUGAGUCUGAUCUUGAAAGUCUUGGAAUAAGUACCUUGGGGGACAGAAAGAAGCUGCAUAAUUAUAUCCAACAACUGAGUGAAAUUCACGUUGAUUCAAUGAAGGUAAUUAAUGAUCCUAUCCAUGGCCACAUUGAACUCCACCCUCUCCUCAUCCGAAUCAUCGACACACCUCAAUUUCAGCGGCUUCGAUAUAUCAAACAGUUGGGAGGCAGUUACUACAUUUUUCCAGGCGCUUCACACAAUCGAUUUGAGCACAGUCUAGGUGUAGGGUAUCUAGCAGGAUGUCUGGUUCGUGCACUGCGUGAGAAACAACCAGAGCUGCAGAUAAGUGCACGAGAUGUGCUCUGUGUUCAGAUUGCUGGCCUUUGUCAUGAUCUCGGUCAUGGGCCAUUUUCUCAUAUGUUUGAUGGAAGAUUUAUUCCACUUGCUCGCCCAAAUGUGAAAUGGACGCAUGAACAGGGCUCAGUGAUGAUGUUUGAGCACCUAGUUAAUUCUAAUGGACUCAAAGAAGUCAUGGAAUACUAUGGUCUCAUCCCUGAAGAAGACAUUUGCUUUAUCAAGGAACAAAUUACAGGACCACUUGAAUCACCAAUCAAAGAUUCUUCGUGGCCGUAUAAAGGGCGUCCUAAAGAGAAAAGCUUCCUUUAUGAGAUAGUGGCCAAUAAAAGAAAUGGCAUCGAUGUGGACAAAUGGGAUUAUUUUGCCAGGGACUGCCAUCAUCUUGGAAUCCAAAAUAAUUUUGAUUACCAGCGCUUUAUUAAAUUCGCCCGUGUCUGUGAAGUAGAUAAUAGGAAGCGUAUUUGUACUAGAGAUAAGGAGGUUGGGAAUCUGUAUGACAUGUUCCAUACUCGCAACUCUUUGCACCGCAGAGCUUAUCAACACAAAGUUGGCAACAUCAUUGAUACGAUGAUUACAGAUGCUUUCCUCAAAGCAGACCCCUACAUAGAGAUUACAGGUGCUGAAGGAAAAAAGUAUCACAUUUCUACAGCAAUUGAUGACAUGGAAGCCUUCACUAAGCUAACAGAUAACAUUUUUCUGGAGAUUUUAUAUUCUUCUGAUCCAAAACUGGAUGCAGCACGAGAGAUUUUAAGAAAAAUCGAAUACCGUAAUCUAUACAAGUAUGUGGGUGAGACUAAGCCAAAGGGAAAAACAAAAAUUGAAAGGGAAGACUAUAAACGCCUUCCAGAGGAAAUUGCCAAUGCUAAACCUAGUGACGUAUUGCUGGAAGCUGAACUGAAGGCUGAAGAUUUAAUAGUGGAUGUUAUCAACAUGGAUUAUGGAAUGGAAGACAAGAAUCCUAUUGAUCAUGUUCGCUUCUAUUGUAAGAGUGACCUCAGCAAAGCAGUCAUGAUAACUAAAGAUCAGGUUUCAGAGCUUUUGCCAGAGAGAUUUGAAGAGCAGCUAAUUCGCGUAUACUGCAAGAAGACUGAUGCAAAGACCUUGUUUGUUGCACAACAACAUUUUGUUCAUUGGUGCUUAAUCAGAGACUUCACCAAGCCUCAGGAUGGUGACGUUGUAGCCCCUCUUAUAACACCUCGAAAAAUGGAGUGGAAUAACGCAAAUUCAGCCCAGAGCCCAGAUCACUUCCAGAAAGAGUCCAAAUCUAGACAGCGCCUUUUUCCGGAUGACUCAGUGUGAAUGUUUGCAACCAGUUGUUUACAUAAAGCCUUCUUCCCUGUCCCCCAGCAGUAUUAACUAAUGUAGGGAAUUUGGUCAUGGAGUUCUACAAAUUUAGUGAUAACUAGUGCUUUUUAUAUUUUGAAUGUACACACAUGCUGAAGCUAAGUAAUUUUUAUCCAAAGAAACAAAAAGGUAUUAGGCAAAUCUUGCUAUACAUGCUACGGAAAGUGUUACCUUGUCUAUUUUAACUGUAACUAAAGUCUUUCUCUAGUAGUCUUAUUUUCUUAGAAUAACAAAAAAAAAAUUUAGGUACUCUGAACUCUUACGACAUAUGAUUGUUCUUUUAAAAAAAAAAUGUUUAGAAAUGAGAGAAGGUGCACAUAGGAAUUUGAAGUUGGGACUAUCGUAAACAGCCAUGGUUAAGAACGAAACAAAAUCCUAGCCCCUUGAGGGAGGUACCCAUCACCUCGAAUUUGAGGACAAUUCUUCUUAAGUGAUCUGAAUGUUCGUGAAAGACCUUCCCUCACCCUUUUAGCCAGGUUGGACUAAUCAGUAGGAAAUGAGGGCCGGGAGUUAGCUCCAACUCCUGAGUGAGAGGCAUGAUUAAUUUUUUGAAAAGGUCCGAGUGCUCUGGCCUUCUCUGGAGUGGGACAUAAAACUGCCUCUGGGGAGGCUGUUCUCUGGGUCAGUUGCAGCCCCAGGCCUGGGCAGUUUCUUACUCCUGAAUACUCACUGUCCAUGUCCCAAGGUCUUUUUCACUAUCACUACUCAGCCUGGAGAAGGCUCUCCUCCGACCUUCUGUCUGAAUUUCCCUUGUAAGCUGAUCAGGGUCACAGAAGCCAUUCUUGGGGCUGGGGCUACUCAGAGCUGGGACUUUGUUUUUGCUGGUUCAGUGAGCAUUUUAUGGGUUUCAGAGCAAAGACUGAGCUGCCUGGGAUGAAAUGAGUGAUUAUCCUGAGAAUUCCAAGUUCCCCUCCGUGGCCCAGUAUUCCCCAUGCUUGUUCUUUACCUCCUGCAGUGGAGUAGGCACCACUGUAGGUGAGCAAUUCUGUGCAGAGGGCCCCCACCCCCACCUCCAUAUACACACAAUUGCCAGUUCUACAGACCUUCACCAAGAAUAAAGUCUGGAGUUAGAGCCAAAGCUGGUGGUAGCCAGAGGGUCCUGUAGAUGCAGGGCAGUGGGGAAUGGGAGUCCUAAGCCCUUAACAUCUUAUGCUUUGACACUCCCUUACAAAAGCCUCCAUGGCAGGCCGGGAUUGGAGAGCCAGGCCUGGCUCCAGGCAAGAGCAAGUGGGAGGAAGGAAGGAACUCAGACUAUAGGCAGCAGAUUAUCCACAGUCUUAGGAAUGCUGCCACCUUCUACUGUGUAAUCAAGUUCUGUUCUGUUGACACUAGGCUGAAAAGUAUUAGAGAUACCUGCCAUUCUGUAUAACCACCACCACCCUCCUCCAUCCCCCAGUAGAUGAUCAAGAGUUGACCCUAAUUCACAGGAGAAUAAUUAAAACCCUCCCCACUUCCACCAUAAUGCUGUGUGGGUGAGGAUGUGUCCACAUGUGGGCUCCUAGAAGCACAAGUGAAGUCAGCCAUGGGACUGGGUCAUAUCUGUGUUGGCCGAGGUACCUCUGAAACAUUCAGUGGGGAGAACUGUGGGGCUCAGACUUAGUGUAUCCAGACUCAAGGUCAAGAAUGUAAUGUUCUUCUGCUAAGAUUGUUUUCUUUCUGCAACUCCUAUCUUUAAAUCAUUGUGGUUUACUCUGGAAUUUUAUGGUUUCAAUAUUGUAUCAUUGUGCUAUCUGAGAAAUAACUUGAAUCAACUUUGUUUGCACCCUUUACAUAUAAGUCAGCUGCACUUUAUGCUCUUUGCAACUGUUUUAAUUAUCAGAACCGUGUGCCAUUUACAAGGUUAAAUUUUUCUUAACACCUUCACUGUUUGUAUAAAAACUGAGAUUUUAACAACCUCUAGAGUUACUGAACUGUUGUCACCUUGAGAAUGUAAGAACUAUGAGUUUAAAUGAUUUGUUACUUCAUUUGGGUGAGGAAAAUAGCUGCAAUAAAGCUUCAUGAAUGUAUCUCCAUCUUGAAA